UCUAUGGGCGUGUCCACAGAGUCGGCAUUUGUAGACGUCUUGUAGAUCAACUCCGACCAACCUUUAGCUUAGCCUUUCAAACUCUUCCUUUAUUCAUCUAGAUCUGAUUUCGAUCGCUCCUGAGCCGGUUGUAUUUAAGAAGCUGGAGGUUAAUAACGCGGGACAGACAGUUGUGAAGGCUGACUGUUCAUCCGACAGCUUUAUAGAGCUCUGUGUUUAGUGAUCAGGAGUGAAUUUCAUGUGUUAGCUCGAGCUGAACUCCAGUAGAAACUGCAGUCAUGGGCUCCAGAGCUUCAUCUCUACUCAGAGAAGAGGACAUUGAAGAAAUCAAGAAAGAAACUGGAUUCUCCCACAGUCAGAUCACUCGCCUCUACAGCCGCUUUCACAGUCUCGAUAAAGGAGAAAAUGGAGCGCUCAGCCGAGAAGACUUCCAGAGGAUUCCCGAGUUGGCCAUAAAUCCUCUUGGCGAUCGGAUAAUUAAUGCCUUCUUCCCAGAGGGGGUGAGGAACAUUGAGGAUCAGGUGAACUUUAGGGGCUUCAUGAGGACUCUGGCUCACUUCCGUCCUGUGGAGGAUAACGAGAAAAACAACAAAGCCCCGACUUCUGGAGAGCCGCUCAACAGCAGGGCCAACAAACCCUCUUUUGCUUUUCGUUAUAUGACCUUGACAGACAGAGACGACAAGAUCUCUAGAGACGAGCUGCUACAGGUUUUGAGAAUGAUGGUGGGGGUGAAUAUUUCUGAUGAGCAACUGGGAAGCAUUGCAGACAGAACCAUACAGGAAGCUGACACUAAUGGAGACAUGAGUAUCUCAUUCAGCGAGUUCACCAAGGUAUUGGAAAAAGUGGAUGUCGAACAGAAGAUGAGCAUCCGCUUCCUUCACUGAAAACCAGAUGGUGUUCUGAACUCUGACUGGAGACCAUCAGUGUCAAUAGAAAUAAGAUACGCUCCCAGAUUCUUCUCUCUGUGGGCUGAUUCAUCCUUUUUAAACAUGAUCCUCUUGUCAUCAUGUUACGUUUAUCAUGUUACGUCUAUCACUCUUGAUUUGCUGUUGCACAAGAAGGCCGGAUCCAGUGCCUUCACUAUUCUCAAAAGUCACAGCGGCUUUUGUCUUGUAAAAUUAUAUUUAUUCUGGCUGUGAAAGCAGCUGAUUAAAACUUUCCAAAUGGC